UCACUAAAAGCUAAAAAAUAUGAAACGAUUUAUAAAGGAAUAUAUUUUUUGGAUAAAUCUAGUGCUGAAAUUAAUUAUGCUGUCAGAGGAUGCUCAAGGAAAUAUUGAUUUGUUUGUUUCAAAAGAAAAAAUCAGGGUGUCACAAAAUCAGCUUCUUAAAACAUUUAAUAUUUUUCCAAAAACGUUUGAAGUAAAAUUUGAAGCUUGUUUAUUUUCUCCUGCUUACAGCUCAGAAAAUACUUAUGAUAAAAAUUGGUUAAAUUUUUUCAGUUUGGAAAAAAUAAGUGAAGAUAUAACUUUGACUACAAUAUAUCAAACAAGAACAACUUUUAUUUCAUUAUGGCUAAGUUCAUUAAAUAACACAAAUUUUCCUUCAUUGACUGUAGAUGCAGAGAUAAGUGGUAAAUUACAAUUAAGUUAUGCAAAAAAAAAACCAUUUUCAUUUGAUUGCACACAAUUUAAUAUUGUCCAACAUUUAAUUGAUGGGUACUACAAUUUUUCCAUAUCAGUUAAUGGUUCGAAUAUAGGUACAUCAGGAAAUAUAAUUGAAAAAGAGAUGAGUAAUAUUGAAAUGUAUGUAUCUAGUUUUAGAUAUAAUGCUCAACCAGGAUACAUAAAAAAUCUUACAGUCACAAAAUUAUGUUUAGAAAACAAUUGCAAACCUCAAUUGAAUUUUACAUAUAAAUUAACGAGGAUUAUAAAACUUGGAUGUUGGUUAGACAAUUCAGAACGAACAUUAAUUAAUCUUGAAGGGACUUCUGUUCUUGAUGGAGAUUAUAAAGAUCGUAUUGACCCUUUUGGUAAAUGUUACAAAGUUGCUGCAGAAAGAGGCUAUAAAUACUUUGCUUUGCAAUACAGUGGUUAUUGUUCUGCAGGAAACAAUGAAUCUUACAAAAAGUUAGGAAAAUCAAGCAAAUGCCAACCAAAUGGAGAAGGAGGUCCAUGGGCAAAUGAAGUCUACACAGAUAACCAAUCUGAAUUUAAAAAUGGAAUUGAUUUUAGGUAUUUUUUGUACAUCACAUUAAAUAUAAGUUAUUGGAAUCUUGAUGAACCAGCUGUUAAUGUUACUUGGGAAUAUCUUUUACCUCCCUUCAUAAAAUUUCAAUCCACAUAUUCUUCAGAAAAUUCAGUUUUUAGUAAUUCAAACAAUCUUGUAUAUAAGAUUAUGAAGUUACCAGACAUUGGAGUUAGUCAAAGUAUUACUGCUUUUAUUGAUAAUUCUAGCUGUCUAUAUUGUGGAAAUUACAUAAGUAUUCCGAUAAAGUUUUAUUUUGAAAAUACUGCAGGACUUUCUUAUAAAUCAUUUCAAACUAAACCUUUUGAGAUAAACUGUUAUAGUCAAAAUGAUCAACAACAAUUUUCAGAUUUAAAUGAAUGCAUUAAACCUUGCAAUUGGACACUUAGUGUUUGCAUAAAUGGAGAGGAUUGUUACAAUUGUAUAUGUGGUUCUGGAUGGAAAUUAGCUGAUAAUAACUACAGUUGUAUUGAUAUUAAUGAAUGCUUAGACUCAGAUAAUUAUUGCAAUUGGGAAAACAGUGAUUGCAUCAACACCAAUGGUAGUUACAAUUGUUCUUGCAAGACCGGAUGGAGAUUGAAUGAAUAUAACAACAGUUGUGUUGAUAUUGAUGAAUGUAUAAACUUGACUAAAUAUUGCCAUUGGACAAACAGUGAUUGCAUUAACACCAAUGGAAGUUAUAGUUGUACUUGCAAGCCUGGGUGGAGAUGGGAUGAAUUUAACAACAGCUGUGUUGAUAUUGAUGAAUGCGCAAACUUGACUGAAUAUUGCAGCUGGUCAAACAGUGACUGCAUCAACACCAAUGGAAGUUACAAUUGUACUUGCAAAUUUGGAUGGACAUUGGAUGAGUAUAAUGAAAGCUGUGUUGAUAUUGAUGAAUGCAUUUACUUGACUAAAUAUUGUAAUUGGAUGAAUAGUGAUUGCAUUAACUAUAAUGGAAGUUACUAUUGUACUUGCAAGCCUGGGUGGAUUUUGGAUGAAUAUAAAAACUGUGUUGAUAUUGAUGAAUGCAGCAGUUCAAGUAACAUUUGCAACACAACAAACAAUGUUUGUGUUAACAGCAUAGGAAGCUACUCUUGUUAUAAAGGAGAGUGGAGCACAUGGAGUGAGUGUAGUGAAACAUGUGGAUUUGGUUACAAAUAUAGCAUUUUAAAUACACCACUUAUAUCUCAACAAGAAACCAUGCAAAGCCUACCAUGCAUGAACAUUAAAUGUCCAGUUGAUGGAACAUGGAGUGACUGGAUUAACUAUAGUUCAUGCUCAGACUCAUGUGGUAUUUGCUUUAUUAAACAAGAGAGGUAUUGUAACAAUCCUCUACCAACUGAUGGUGGGCAUGUUUGUUUUGGUAUUAAUGUUCAAUAUGCUGAUAGUAAUUCAAUAUGUAGAGUCAAUGGUGGAUGGACACAAUGGUCUUCAUGGUCAUUAUGCAGUCAGCCAUGUCAAGAUGGUAUAAAAAAAAGGUAUCGUAGCUGCACUAAUCCAGUACCAAAAUAUGGAGGUUUACAAUGCAAUGGAAUUAAUACAGAUGAAAGUAUUUGUUAUUCAAAUGAAUGCAAACAAGUGAUAGUAAACUUCGGUAUGAUAUUAUCAGAUAUAGAUUAUAUAACACAGUACUCGAGUCCAUUAAGUGAACCAUAUGAAGAACUGGAAAAAAUCACUAAAACUAUGGAACGAAAAAGAUUAUCAAAAGAAACCUUAAUAAAAAGAUGUUGUCAGGCAUGUUUAUAUUUUCUGGAAGUUGAUUUAAAAAAUUUAAUUUAAUAAUCAAAAAAUGACGAUUGAGUUAAAAUAUUUAUAGAUUAUUAAUUAAUAUUAAACUUUUUUUAUUUUUAUUUAGCAAUUCAUGAUUUUAAGUUGGUUAUUUACAAUUUACUAUUCAAGAAUUUUUUUUUAUUAUGUUUUUUUAAAUUUAUCUCUAAAUUUAAAUGAAACAAAUUUUGUAUUUUUGGCUUUGAU